GAAGGAUGUUUUCAAACAUAAAUUCCCCAAAUCGAAUAAAGUAACCAACCGCACAGUCCCUCUCCAUUCUUUCCAUACUUGAGCUCACUGUCUCGCACCGGAGCCACCGCCACCGCCGCCGCCGCCGCCGCCGCCACCGUAUUUCAAGAACCUCGCUCCUUCCAACCGAUGCCUCCGAGCAUCCCUCGUCCGCUCCUCCUUCGUUUCCGCCUUCUCGCGGUAGCAUCGCUCGCGGGGAUCGCCGGGUGGCCUCGGGCCGCGGCCAUCGGCGUCAACUGGGGGGCGGCGUCGUCCCACCCCCUGCCGCCGCCCAAAGUGGUGGAGCUCCUCAAGUCCAACAACGUCUCCCGCGUCAAGCUCUCCGACGCCGACCCCGAUGUCCUCCGGUCGCUCUCCGGCUCCGGCAUCGCCGUCACCGUCGGCGUUCCCGACCUCAUGCUCCGGACCCUGAACUCCUCCAGGAAAGGGGCCGAGAGCUGGGUCCACGACAAUGUCACGCGCUACUUCCCCGCCGGCGGCCCCCGUGUUCGGAUCGAGUACAUUGCUGUGGGGGAUGAGCCAUUCCUCUCGAGUCAUGGAGAUCAGUUCUAUCCAUACGUCCUUGGAGCAGCCACCCAAAUCCAAGUAGCUUUGACCAAAGCAAACUUAGGAAGCAAGGUGAAAGUUGUCGUUCCGUGCAGUUUUGAUGCAUUUCAGUCUGAGUCAAACCUCCCCUCUGAAGGACAUUUCAGGCCUGACAUCAACAAAACCAUGAUUCAACUGCUCACAUUUUUGAACGAACAUCGGUCGCCCUUCUUUGUGUCAAUAUCACCGUUCCUCAGCCUCCACCAGAGCAAGAAUAUUUCCCUUGACUUUGCUCUCUUCAAAGGAACUGCGCGGCCUCAUAAUGACAGCCACAGAAUAUACAAAAACAGCUUUGACUUGAGCUAUGACACCCUAGUCACGGCAUUGCAUAAUGCUGGUUUCCCUCAGAUGGAAAUUGUUGUAGCUCAGAUUGGUUGGCCGACAGAUGGAGCAGCUAAUGCAACCUCAGUCAUUGCUGAGGACUUCAUGAAAGGUCUUGUAGACCACAUCCACAGUAAGACAGGGACGCCGCUUAGGCCUCGGAAUCCUCCUUUGGAAGUGUACAUUUUAAGCCUUUUAGAUGAAGACCAACGAAGCACAUCUGCAGGAAAUUUCGAGAGACACUGGGGUGUGUUUACUUUUGAUGGCCAGGCAAAGUACCACAUUGAUUUAGGCCAGGGUUCCAGAAAAUUGUGGAAUGCACAGAAUGUCGAGUACCUUUCUUCCCGAUGGUGUGUUGUGAACAAUAACGAGAACUUGUCCAAUGCGACCGCUAAUGUUUUAGAUGCUUGUUCUGUUGCUGAUUGUACUGCAGUCUCUCCUGGUGGAUCUUGUUACAACAUCGGUUGGCCCCGCAAUGUGUCCUAUGCAUUCAAUAGCUACUACCAGCAGCAUGAUCAAAAAGCGGACAGCUGUUAUUUUGGAGGAUUAGGAUUGAUCACGACCGUUGAUCCAUCUACCGAAACUUGCAGGUUCGCUGUUGGACUAAGGACUUCACAUUCGUUGAUUCUUGUCUUGCCUCAACUUCUGUUGACUAGCUCUCUUUUUACAACUAUUUUGAUGGGUUUUGUUUUCCUCACAUAAUUUUAUGAGCUCUAGGAAGGGUGGAUCCAAUGUAGAGGCAGGUUCACUGCUUAUUGAUCCACCAGGUAUGCUCUGGUACAGGGCUCAUGCCUCCCUUGGCUGAACUAUGUAUAGAGCAGAGAAAUGUUUUGAGUCAUUUUUUCUUUCUCUUUCCUUUCCUGUUGAAUCAUCUCACAAGAGACAACAAGAACUGAAAAAAAUCAACUGUCAUUGGACCUCGUGUCCAGUUUCUCCGA